AUGUGGGACUUGCCAGCACCUCCCCGGGUCUCCAAGACUAGUACCGGGGCCGGCCAACCAGCCAGUCAAUCUGCCACAUCAAAAUACAAUGCCAGCAAUGGCAAUCAAAGCUCGGCCGCGACAUCACCAGCCCCGAAGGGCAUCAUGUCUGGGGGUGGCGGUCAUCGGUCGAUCAGCCCAGAAUUCAGCGUUAACCCAGUGAACGGGACGAUGAGUCUGAGCCUGCCCAUAUACACCAGUCCUGGACGCUCUGGACUGGGGCCACAGCUGAGCCUAGCAUAUGACUCAGGAAGUGGAAAUGGUGCUUUUGGUGUUGGAUGGCAGCUCUCAGCGACCGCUAUCUCACGUAAAGUCUCCAAGGGGGUCCCGCGCUACAACGCCUCGGAUGUUUUCCUGCUCUCGGGACUGGAGGAUCUGGUUCCGCAGGGAAACCCGUUCACGGUGGGCGCCUACUGUGUCCAGCAGUAUCGGCCACAAGUUGAGACAGAAGUUAUCCGUAUUGAAAGCUGGACACGCACAGUGAAUUCAGAUGACAUCCACUGGCGGACCAUCUCUGGAGCUAAUGUAACAACCUUCUUUGGCGAGACAGAGGACUCGCGGAUCACAGACCGUGAUGAUACAAGCUUGAGCGGGACCCGCAUCUUCUCCUGGCUGAUAUCCCGGACGGUGGAUACAGCCGGCAACGCGAUGCACUACGAGUACAAGGCCGAGAACUCGGAAGGCAUCGCCGAGCAGGUCACAAUGCGCCCGCUGUGCGAGGCAAACCGCGCAGAUGCUGCGCGCACUCGCAUGCUCUAUCUCAAACGGAUCCGAUAUGGCAACCGCGAUCCUAGCCGCGACCUGGAUACCUGGCAGAUCCGGCGAUGCGCAGACGAUUGGAUGUUCGAGGUGGUAUUCGAUUAUGGUGAACACGACUUGGAGAAACCCACCCCCACGGAACAGCAGCCCUGGGGAAUCCGCGCAGCGCCAUUCUCGGCGUGCAAUAUUGGCUUUGAAUUACGAACAUACCGACUCUGCCAGCGAGUGCUUAUGUUUCAUCACUUUCCGCAUGAGACCGAUCGCGAUCAUGCGUUGGUCGCCUCCACCAGUUUCGAGUACACCGAGAGCCACGGUAUCUCACUGCUGCGCGCUGCCACCAUGACAGGCUGGCUGCCAGCAGUGGCGCCAGCGACAGGGUACUACCACGAGUCACUGCCUGCUGUUGAGUUUGAAUACACGCCGGCCGCCCUGGAAGACGCGGUGCUAGAGAUCCAAGAGCUACCACGUGAUACUGUACACCAGAUGUCUACCACAGCAGCCGGUAGCUGGCGCACCGAAUGGGUCGACCUUAACGGGGAGGGAACGCCUGGUGCCCUGCUCAUCAUUGAGAACGGAGCCUGGUGGUACCAGCGGAAUGAGCUUCCGAAGCAGGCCACUGACUCUUUCGGUCCCCUGCGGCAGUUGCCUCUGCAGCCUCAGGGGGGUGCAGGGGACGGUCAGCACUAUCUGGAAGAUCUUGAGCGUAGCGGCCGGAUGGAUGUGGUUUUCCUCGAUGCAACGGGAGUCCCGACCGGCUUCUUUGAGCGCACCGUUAAGGAUGGCUGGUCGCCCUUCCAGUCCCUUGGCUCUGUGCCCCGGCUGUCCCUGACAGAUCCCUUCAUCAAGCGUGUUGACCUAACCGGUGACGGCCUGCCGGACCUGCUGCACCAGGAUCGUUCUGGUCGGUUAGUCUGGUAUGAGUGCUUAGGGAAACACGGGUUCGCCCCUGCGCAGCCGGUGACCGUGGCAGCGAGCUAUUCAGAUGAUUUACUGCCAAAGCUAGUUUCACAGGACCCUGCUCGUAUUGGCAUUUACCUGGCAGACAUGACCGGUGACGGGUUCACUGAUAUUGUAGAGGUGUGCCAGGGCCGUGUCAGGUAUUGGCCGAACCAAGGCCGCGGCGCGUUCGGCGCCCCAGUGAUCAUGGGCGAUAGUCCUGUGUUUGCCUCCAUUACUGGCGAAGAGUUUAUCCCCGAGCGAUUACAUCUCGCUGGAGUCUUUGGCGCCGGCACUACCGACAUGCUCUAUCUUCCGGCUGCAGGAGGACUGCAGGUAUAUAUUAACCAGGCUGGAAACCGCUGGAGCAAGCCCCUGGUACUCCCACAAAUGCCUGCACUGACCGACGUUGCCUCAGCUUUUACACUGGACUUGUUAGGCCGUGGCACAGCGUGUCUGUGUUGGAAUGAUCUGGCGAGGGGCACGCUCAAAUAUAUUGACCUUGCGGGCGGGACGAAGCCACACCUGCUGAGGCGAUAUCACAAUGGUAUGGGGGCUUAUAGAACAGUGACAUAUCAGCCGUCGACGUACUUUUACCUCGCCGAUGAGGCGGCAGGGACGCCCUGGACGACUCGCCUGCCUUUCCCUGUGCAUUGCGUAUCACAGAUCACUAUGCAGGACCACAUCGCUCAGACCACACACAGUACCCGCUAUGCUUACCACAACGGCCGCUACGACGGGGUUGAGAGAGAGUUCUGCGGCUUCGGCGUGGUAGAGCAAUGGGAUGAGGAAGUCUUUGGUGCCACACAGGGAGCUGCCUAUCUGCGUCGCCUGCCAAUCCACACGAAGCAGUGGUUUCACACGGGUGCUCCAAGCGACACCAUAACAGCAAAUCAUCAACUGCACAGUGCUUGGCCAGAGUCAUCGGGCGGAGCGGGCUGCCACCAGCUGCCCUUCAAUUUGGCACCAGAUGAAAAGUAUAUGGUCCACCGCGCUCUCAAGGGCCAGAAGCUCCGCGAGGAGGUGUAUAGCGAUGACGGAUCGCGGCAUGUGGCACGGCCUUAUUACGUGAGCGAGUUCAGCCAUGGUGUGGCACGACACACGGCCGUUGCUGGCUGCUAUCGUGUUGUACCGCGUGAGUCAGUCAAGAUAGUAUACGAGCGUGAGGCUGCAGGCAUCCCGCCGCGAAUCGAGCGCGAGAUGGCCCUACAGGUCGAUGAAUAUGGUAAUGUCCUUCGCACAUUGACCGUUACGCAGGGUCGGACGAGCUCUGUCGGGGCUCCAGCUAGGGACGAACAGGCAGCUUCCUGGGGCAUCUAUACCGAGACCUCUGUCACUAACGCGGUCAUCGAAACACAUUGCUUUCAGACGCCCCAGGUUGCAUCUACGCGGCAGUAUGCUGUGCGAGGGCUGGCCGAUAGCCAAAUUAUUGAACUAGAUGGUCUGGCGGCUACAAACUGCGCCCUCCUCAGCGCCCUGGAGGAGGUGCCCUACCAUACAGUAGUAGAAAAGGGUGAGGAAUAUGUCUCGAGGGGACCGUGCAAGAGCCUUGUGGGAGAAACUCGGCAGUACUUCUAUGACAGCCAACUGCGCGAGCCGUUGCAACUCGGGGUCAUUGAGCCGUUUUCCAUACUCGAGCGAAGCUACCAGCUUGCUUUUCAGAGAGAUACGCUGCUUGAGCAAUUUGUCUCAACCGGUCUUCUGAACCUGGAAAUGCUGCCUACAACAAUGGAGCAGGCCGGGUAUGUGCGUCUCGGCGACUCAGAGGACGACAAUGACCGCUGGUGGACGCCAUCCGACCAGCAACAGUUUGCCACAACACAAAAGGACGAGCGUCUGGGACUCGCACGCCGAUCUUUCUACCAGCCUACGGUGGUAGUGGAUGCUUUUGGUGGGCGAACGGCUCGUGUACUAGAUUCGCACUGGUAUCUCCCCGUGGAGACUGUCAACUCUAUGGGCCACACCACUCGCUUCCAAAAUGAUUACUGGCACCUCCAGCCGUGCGAAAUCACCGACAUUAAUGACAAUCGGACGCAAAUUGCCCUCGAUGCUUUUGGCUCUGUCGUGGGUACAGCACGCCUGGGCAAGGCCCAUCAGAAGAUUGGCGAUUCCCUCGAAGGGUUUUCCGUCUCUGUGACGGCUGAGGAGCUUGAGAUCUUUAUCCAGGAACCGACAGGUGAGAUCAGCACUCGCCUGCUGGCAAGCGCCGGCCAACGCACUUUGUUUUAUCGCGGUCGAUACACUCCUGGUGACACGACAGGGCAACCUUCAUUUAUUGCCGAGCUCUCUUGUGAAGUUCAUGGCAGAGAAAGUCGCGCCAAUGCCGCUCUGACCAUCUCGAUCACCUAUCUCGACGGCACUGGUCAGCCGCUGCAGACAACGCGCCGAUGCACUCACGGCCCCUCGCCAGAACAGUGGCGUGUCAGCGAGUGGAUAAUAAGAGAUAGCCGGGGCAACCCUGUUCGAAUUUGCCAGCCCAGCUUUGCUGCAGAUCAUUUGUUUCGCUUUGAGGCAAACAUCGAAUCGCCUAAGACAACGCAGCUGCUAGAUCCCAUGGACCGGGCCGUGGGCACUCUGUUGGCUGAUCAUACCUGGUCCAAGUUGAUACCGACGCCUUGGUCCCAGGUAGACUACGACGCCCUUGGCACGCUCUUCAUCGCAGACCCAGCCCUGGAUGAGGAUUUGGGACAGGCAUUCCAGGGUCUGCCACGGUCAGAAUACUUCCCCACUUGGCUGAAGCAUCCAGACCGUGAAUUACCUGAGCAAAGGGCUGCGGCCACUGUGCAGAAAUGCGAGCGCCUCGCUGGGGCUCGUACAGUCACGCAUCGUGAUGCCCGCGGCAACGAUAUCCUGACUGAGGAGAUCCUCGCGGAUGGGACGAGACGCUGCACACGCACCCAAUACAAUAUGGCCGGACAUCCUGUGGGCCAGUUCGAUGCCGCGCAGCGGCUGGUGCAGCGCAUCCAUUGUGACCUUUCGGGACGCCCUCUCGUUACCCAGGCCAUGGAUGCAGGUGAGACCAUUAUCCUCCCGGACUGCCGAGGCAGCCCCAUAUUCUCGUGGCGACAGCCAGGUCUACGAUUUCGGCACGUCUAUGAUGACUUGCGGCGAGAGCGGGAAGUCUGGCUGUAUGACAAGGACCAGGAAGGUGCGCCGGAUGAGAUCUUGUUGCACCGCUUGACAUAUGAUGAACCCUUUUCCUCAACUGCAACCAGUGACAACGACGACAACUUGCAAGGGCAAAUAUCCUAUAUUGAGGACCAGUCAGGUCGGCUUGAGAACACACGCUUCGAUUUUAAGGGCAAUUGCGUCGCUCAAGCGUUUUCCCUCGCUGCUCAUUACCAUGGAGUGCUGGACUGGAGCCGUCCUGUGGCCCUGGAAAAUGAUGGGAAGCCAUAUAUCUCCCUUUCGGCAUUUGAUGCCCUUGGUAGGCAAGUGGAGUCUGUGGAUUUCGUUGGCGGAAUCACGAGCCGCACCUAUAAUCUCCUCGGCCAGGUAGAGUCUGUCAGCACGCAGAGUGCAGAACAACCCGUGGCGGACCAGUUGGUCUCUAAGAUAGCCUACAGUGCCGAUGAGAUGCCGCUCUCUAUCGCCUAUGGCAACGGAACUCUACUAGAUCAUCGGUAUGACGAACGGACGCGGCGCCUACUCCAGAAGCGACUGCUCUCCUCCUCGGGUCCACGGAUAAGGGCGAUUCAGGACAUUCACACGACCUACGACUGCGUUGGCCGCAUGGUGCGCAAGUGGGACGCAGCCAAAGAUCCAGCAUACUUCCGCAACAGCCAGACCAAGGCAGAGUGGACCUACUCGUACGAUUCGUUUGGCCAAUUGUGCGAAGCCACAGGCCGUGAGCAGCUGAACGCUUGCAACGGUGGUGGCUAUCGCCUGGAGCCACAUCGGCCACAGGGCCGCCCUCCAGUGCGUGGUGCCCAGCAGUGCCAGUACCGUGAGCAGUAUGCGUACGAUAAUGUGGGUAAUCUCCUUUCCAUGCGUCAUGAGGCCCUGAAUCAGCCCUCCAUCGCUGGCUGGUCCCGGCGGUAUGAGUAUAAUGAACCUAGCCUGCUCCAGCCCGGGGUUAUGGGCAACCGGCUGACGCAGACCUCCACUGGUCAUGGACAGUACGAAGUAUAUGGCUACGGGUCGUCUCGAGCAGGACGCCGUGGCUGUAUCACCACUAUGGCCGGCUAUUCUAACCUGACUUGGGACUACAAGGAUCAGCUGCGAAGCACUGCGCAGCAGAUUACUAAGUCCGAGGACGGGCAGCCAGAGCGGACCUGGUAUGUUUACAACCUGGAAGGCAUGCGUGUGCGCAAGGUGACAGAGCGCGGCAUAUCUUCGAAAGCAGACCCCCGGCCCCCAAAGCUGAAGGAAACGCUCUAUUUAGCUGGGGUGGAGGUCUAUCAUAAGUUUGCAGGCGAUGGGAUGCGAGUCAUAAAGAAGACAAUAUCCACUACGAUUGACUGUGGUGCCGCGAAGCUGGUGCGCGAGCAGAAACUCAUCGGGAUAUCUACGUCUACAUCUAAACUGCUACGGUACCAAACUGGGGAAAAUCUUGAGCUGGAUGAUGCAGGAAGGGUAAUCUCGUACGAAGAGUAUACCCCCUUUGGCACGACCGUAUGUGCGGCCCAGGCCCAGGAGGUCAGUGCACCGCGCAAGUAUCGCUAUGCUGCAUACGAACGAGAUCGCGAGACAGGGCUGUACUAUUGCCAUCGCCGAUACUAUGCGACGUGGCUAGUCCGAUGGCUCUCCCCUGAUCCCAUUGGCAUUUUGGACGGAUUGAAUAUCUACCUGUAUUGUGCCAAUGAUCCUGUAAACCGGAUCGAUCCUACAGGGACCAUGAAAGAUUCUUUAUCAGGUAACCCGAAAAAUCCUUUAUCAGGUAAACGGUCAAAGAAUCUUGAUAUUGAAAAGGCGAUGGACACCACAAAGAUCAAAAUAGAUGGAUUAGAUCAAGUGAAAUCUUCUCAAUCUGAGUCGAUUCAAAAAGGUGUUGAAAACACAAAUGGCCCAGCCUCAAAUAAUGAAGGGGGGCUCACAUUGAUUGAUAAGUCAAAACUGCCUAAGUUGAACCCUUGUGCAAGGUUCUGCCGCUGUAUUGGACCUACAACAAAGGCAAACGCAAGUCAACACAGCUUUAUUGCGAGGGUCCUAGCCACGUUCAGUACAAAGAGGCAAUUAGCCGGGUAUGCCGUGGGAGUGAAGGUUAAUCUCCAUGAGGCGAACGAUAAGAUAAAGAAACGCGAUGAACAAAUUGUGAACCUACAAAAAGAUUUUGCAAUUGCUAAAGAAGAAACGAGGGAGGCGAAGCUAGAGUCAUUGAUGUUGCAGAAAGAUGUUUCUAAAUUGCGACAAAUUUUGGCAGGGGCAAACCUAAAAAAUCAACAGAAAGAAAGACAGCUAAAUGAGGCAGACGCCGAGAUCUCGGAAUUAAGGGCAAAGCUAGAGCAAGCCCAAGAGCAGAAUGGAAUUUUGGAUCGUGGCAAAAUCAUCAUGGAUACCCGGUCCCAGCAACCCGACCGAUGGGCGGAAACUUGGAUCGAAAUACUAUGA